CCACCUCCUCUCUCUAUCUCUUCGCGGAGUGUCGAUCUCGGGAAUGCGUUGGGAAACGCCGCGAUUUCGCAGCGUCUCCUGAUUCGACGGAGAGAUGGGUUCGAUCGGAGGCUCUCGCGGCGAGCGCCGCCGCCGCCGCCGCGCAGCGGCGGCGCUGUGGCUGAUCGCGGCGGCGGCGCGGCGGGGCGGAAGGGGGCAAGGGGGGAGGAGGGGGGAGCGAAGCGGAACGCGUACGCGGCGAUGAUGUACAUGGGGACGCCGCGGGACUACGAGUUCUACGUGGCGACGCGGGUGAUGAUGCGCGCGCUCGCGGGGCUCGCCGUCGACGCCGAUCGCGUCGUCAUCGCCUCCCUCGACGUCCCCCACCCUUGGGUCCGAACCCUGAAAGAGGAGGACGGGGUGAAGGUGGUUUCGGUCGAGAACUUGAAGAACCCUUAUGAGAACCAGGGCAACUUCAACACGAGGUUCAAGCUGACGAUGAACAAGCUUUAUGCUUGGAGCCUGGUCGAAUACGACCGCGUUGUUAUGCUCGACUCCGACAACCUCUUCGUCCAGAAGACCGACGAACUAUUCCAGUGUGGCCAGUUCUGCGCCGUGUUUAUCAACCCCUGCAUCUUCCACACCGGCCUCUUUGUCCUUCAGCCUUCGAAGGAAGUGUUCGAUAGCAUGCUUCACGAGCUAGAGACCGGACGAGACAACCCUGACGGUGCAGAUCAAGGCUUUCUAGUUAGCUACUUCCCGGAUUUGCUCGAUCGGCCGAUGUUUCAUCCACCCGCGAACGGUACGAAGCUCAACGGCACUUAUCGCCUUCCUCUCGGGUAUCAGAUGGACGCUUCCUACUUCUAUCUAAAGCUUCGAUGGAACGUUCCCUGCGGGCCAAACAGUGUGAUCACAUUCCCCAGUGCGCCGUGGCUAAAACCAUGGUAUUGGUGGUCUUGGCCCGUUUUACCGUUGGGUCUCUCAUGGCAUGAGCAGCGGCGACAGAAUCUAGGGUAUGCAGCGGAGUUACCGGUGAUCCUAAUCCAAUCCGUGAUUUACAUCGGAAUCAUUGCAGUCACGCGACUAGCACGACCGAGUCUGUCAAAAUUGUGCUACAACCGGCGGCCCGAGAAGAACACCGCCUUUGUACAGGCCAUGUUAAAGGUGGCGGCAAUGUGGUCCAUCCUCGCUGCGUACACCGUCCCCUUCUUCCUCAUCCCCCGCACGGCUCACCCCAUCCUCGGAUGGUCUCUCUACCUCCUCGGUGCAUCUUCUCUCUCGUCCGUCGUGAUCAAUGUAUUCCUCCUCCCUCCACUCACAGUCCUCACUACAUGGCUGGGGAUUGUGGGAGCGCUCUUUGUGAUGGCAUUCCCGUGGUACUCGGACGGCGUUGUUCGGGCGUUGGCAUUGUUUGGUUACUCAUUUUGCAUCGCUCCGCUCGUGUGGGCAUCCUUGGGGAAGGUAAUGGACUCGUUGCAGGUCUCGAUCGAACGCGACGCGUUCUAUCCAAGACUGGGAGAAUCCACACCGACAACUGAAUUUAGCAAGCUGUAUUGAGGUGAUUAUUCGAUUGGCUAGCAAAUUUUUUUUUGUUUUUCACUGAUGAUUCUCUGUGGUUUCAUUUGUUCAUCACCCGUCUGUAGAAUUGCUAGUUAUGAUGAUUGUAUCUGUUGAUGAUAUAUAUAGAACAGGUGGAUUGAAUGGGAAGGUGUGUAUGGGGUGUUGGUGUAUGUGGGAGCCGGGAGGGGUAAAUAUUCAUUGAUGGAUUUAGGUUUUUAGAGGAGCUUGAUGUUUGUUGUAAUCCAUUUAAUUUCUACCCCUUGAAUCUGAGGCUUUGUUUUUUUUUUUUU